UGGAAGUUCAUUUUCUAGGUUGCAUCAGGUGGGGGCAGACAAGGUCCUCUCCUAGAAGUCUGCGGACGCAGAAGGCACCUCGUGCAGGAAGAAAGGCUCCCCUCACGUCCUCUAGGUUAGGUCGGUCCCGCAGGCGAAGACUGACACGCCCUCUCCAAAGGGCAGACCCGCCUCGACUGGGGCAGGGCCGGGCGCCGGGCCCUCACCCGACCCCCGCGAACGCAGCGCAGCGCAGCGCCAGCUCCUCACGUGUCCCGCCCGGCCUGGGGCCUUCUCAAGCUCAGCUUCCGCCCGACCCUUCCGACUUCCGGUAAAGAGUCCCUAGCCCACACCUUCGUGCCCACCCGGCCCCCACACCUGACGUCUCAGCGAGCCCGGCCCACAAUGCGCUCCACGGUCGCAUCUCCUCUGGGCCCCGCGGCGGCUACCGAGCCUCGCCGCCUUGCCGCAGCCAGGCGGCCCGGGUGGCGCGCGCUCCCGCGGGCGGCGCGGCACGGCGGGCGGGGCGGCGGCGCGAACCCGGACGCGUAUCCCUCCGCCGCCCCUCCCCCGCGCGGCCCCGGCCCCCCUACCUACGCGCAGCGCUCGCCUCUCUCCGCCUCAGACUGUUUUGGUAGCAACGGCAACGGCGGCGGCGCGUCCCGGCCCGGCUCCCGGCGGCUCUUCGGUCUCGGCGGGCUUCCCCGCCCCUUCGUCGUCCUCCUUUUCCCCUUCGCCAGUCCUGCCGCCCUCUCGGCCGCGCCACCCCGCGCCUCCCCGCUCGGCGCCCGCGCGUCCCCGCCGCGCUCCGGCGUCUCCUCGGCGCGCCCGGCUCCAGGCUGUCCCCGCCCGGCGUGCGAGCCGGUGUAUGGGCCCCUCACCAUGUCGCUGAAGCCCCAGCAACAGCAACAGCAGCCGCCCGCGGCCGCCACUGCCCGCAAGCCCGGAGGCGGCGGCCUUCUCACGUCGCCCGCUGCCGCGCCGCCGUCCUCGUCCUCAGUCUCGGCGUCCUCGGCCGCGGCUUCCUCCUCCUCCUCCUCGGCUGCAGCGGCCGGCGCAGGCGGCGGGCGGCCUGGCCUGGGCAGCAGUGCCUUUCCAAAGAAGUUUCAUCUACAGCAGAAGUUACCUAUCAAGAUGAAUUGUAGCUGUUUUUUAAGGAACUUUGCUGCUGAGGACAGUUUUUGACUUGUAACCCUCAACACUCCCAGUUUCCCCUUGUUCCAAGCACUGCAAACACUGCUUAGCCCAACUAGUUAAAUCAAGCGGCCAUUUCCCUAAUCAGUCCAUCCAGGGUUCUGUAAUUUCAGUGUCAUUUGGUAAAAAAUUUUCAUAUGAUUUUGAUAAAAAAGUAUGCAUUCAGUUUUUUUCUUCUUAGGUGUCAGGAAGAAAUCUGUGGGGAUCUAGUCAACCUAGUCCUGUAAUUAAACAUUAAAAGGACAAUUUUUUAAGUUUGAUUGACUGUUUUGCUUAAAUUUAGGUUAUAACAAAA